CGCCGACCGCGCCUGCCUGGCACGCUUCUGCCGCCCACCGCCCGGCCCGCUCGUCCUCCAGCUGAUAGCCGUCGGGUACGAGUUCAGCGCGUGCCCGCCGGCGGUGUCCGGCCAGCCGGUGGACGAGCUGUGGCUGAGCUGCCAGCUGGCGACAGGGUCGGCCGGCCUGCUGGCGCUGGCGCCCUACCUGCGCACCUGGCUCCAGCUACGCCUGCUGCUCGCCGCGCACCGCAUCAACAAGGCGCUGAACCAGCUGCUGCGAGCCUUCAUCCUGUCGGCGUUCGACAUGGCACGCGAGAUCCAGAUCACACCGCGCCGGCUCCAGUACGCCCGCCAGAAGGAGACGGAGCUCUUCGACAAUGUCAUGAGCAUCGCCGACAAGAACCAGCUGCAGAUGUCCCAGCUGGUCAACCGCACCACGGCUAGCAUGCGCGAGGAACUGCUGGCCCAGGCGGCCCUGCAUCAGUUCAGAGAUGUGGAGGUGUCGGAGAGUGGCGAGGUCCGCUCGGCGCGGCAGCUGCAGCAGUGCACGGCCGAGAUCCAGAACCUGCUGCUGGGCGCGCUGAACCGGGCCGUGGCCGGCCAGCUGGUCGGCAGCGUGGACUACAUGCAGGAGCGGUUCGUGGGCACGCUGCAGCGCUGCCUGCUCUCGUUGGAGGCGCACGACGACGGCAGCGCCGGCGCCAGCAACGCCCUCAAACAGAUCCUGAACUCGGCCUACAGCCUGGAGCUGUCGGUGCAGACGUCAUCGAGCGUCAUCACGUCUCUGUGGGAGCGGCUGAAGCAGCUGCUGGACGUGAUGCCCUGGAAGACGCCGCCCUGCGUGGACGCCCUCUGGCGGCGGCGUGUUGCCACCGAGAUGCUGGACAAUAUCAACGAGCUGCGCCUCAGUCGGAUCAUCUGCUCCCAGCUGCGCGAGCGGCUCCGCUGCGCUCACGAGGCGUUCGUGCACUCGAUCGGCCGCCUGGAGGCGCAGCUGGCCGGCCAGCUGGAGCAGACCGAGCGCGACCGGCUGCGCAUGAAGAAGCAGCACGCGCCGCACGUGGCGCGCCUGGCCCUGCAGGCGGCCGCGUACGUCGACUCCGCGCGCUUCGGUGUGCCGCAGCUGUCGGCCGAGAUCGGGCGCGGCCAGUACGGCGUGGUGUACAGCAGCAGUGCCUGGGCUGGCCGCCGAGACUGGGCCGUCAAGUCGGUCAUCCCUCCCGACGAACGGCACUGGAACGACCUCUCCAUGGAGUACUUCUACACACGGUCGCUGCCGGAGCAUGAGCGGGUGGUGAGCAUCCGCGGCAUCGUGAUUGACUACAACUACAGCCACAGCCGGCUGUCAGCCGCCCUGCUGCUGAUGGAGCGCAUGCACAGCGACCUGUACCUGGCCAUCCAGGACGGCCUCGACCUGCGCACCCGGCUCAAGGUUGCCAUGGACGUGGCUCAGGGCGCUCGGUUCCUGCACUCCCAAGGGCUCAUUCACAGGGACAUCAAGCUGAAAAAUGUGCUGUUGGACGACGCGAACCGCGGCAAGCUGUCGGACCUGGGCUUCUGCAAGCCAGAGGCCAUGAUCUCAGGCUCGGUGGUGGGCACGCCGAUCCACAUGGCGCCGGAGCUGUUCAGUGGCAAAUACGACAACAGCGUGGACGUGUACGCAUUUGGCGUGCUGCUCUGGUACAUCCUCUCUGACGACGUGCGGAUGCCGGCCGUCUACGAGCAGUGCGACAACAAGAAUGACUUGUGGAAGUGCGUCAAGCGAGAGGCCGGCGCCGUGAUCCCCUGCUGGUCGUGA